AGAGAGAACACCACUGAAUGGAUGAUGUUUGGAGUUUCAUUUCAUUCCCUCAUCACAACAACAUCUCUAACAUUCAUUCAUUCAUUCAACUCUUAGUUGAAGUUGAAAGCAUUCAAAAAUGACUCUUUCUCUCCCUCACUUCCGUUCCUCUUUUCUUUCUUCCCCUCUUAAAUCUUUCUCUCCCACUCCAUCCUCUAGAAAUAUCAUUAUUCAACCAAAACCUACAUUUUAUCCACGUAUUAGAGCUCUUGAACUUGAUCAAAACACGGUUAUAGCUAUAACUGUUGGUGUUUUGAGUGUGGCUGUUGGAAUUGGCAUUCCAGUGUUCUAUGAAACACAAAUUGAUAAUGCAGCUAAGAGAGAUAACACACAGCCAUGCUUUCCAUGCAAUGGAUCUGGAGCUCAGAAAUGCAGAUUUUGUUUGGGAACUGGCAAUGUGACAGUUGAACUUGGUGGAGCUGAGACGGAGGUUUCUCGUUGUAUAAACUGUGAUGGUGCUGGUUCACUGACAUGCACAACUUGUCAAGGUUCAGGAAUUCAACCUCGAUACCUUGACCGUAGAGAGUUCAAGGAUGAUGACUGAGACAAGCUAAGAUUGAGAGGUGGUGAUUUUGGAUUUAAUCGCGAUGUUAUUGUACUCAUUCAAUUUCUUUGAUCUCUGUAUACACCAAAUACAACUAAGAGAAUCAUGUUGAUGUUUUCAUUUGGUUUGCAUUUUAACCAGUGAUAUUAGGCCACUCCCUUCCAUGACCUAUCUUUGUAAAAUUUUGGUAUUUGUAAACAUUAUAUAUUAAAUAUCCAUUUGUAAAGAAUGGCCCCCAAGAUACUAUGCUUAAAUUAGUUUCAUUGAUGUUAGUUCUGUUUC